AUGUCGAUUCCAGCAAGCUUAACGCAAGCACGAGCUGCUGCCACAAGUGCCUUGAGCAAUCCCGCUUUUCAAGACUCUCCGUUCGCUAACAUGUCUACGAAAGAGUUCAAUGUCACGGCAUACACGCUCAAUUCUUCGCAACGGGGCUGUUAUAGAGUGGGAGCUUUGCCGAUAGCAUUGGGCACGAACGAUACCUGCGCGCUUGGAUUUCACUGCCCCAAGUCCUCAAACGAAUUCCCUCCGCAGUACUGUCACCCGACCGAAGAAUGUGCUGUCAUGCGCGCUUCUAGAAGGACGUGCGACCCGCAAGGCACUUUGGAGCCAAAAGUAUGCGCUAAUGGCUUUUACUGCCCUCCAGGCGGAAAGCAACAACUCCCCUGUCCAAAGGGAACCUUCUGUCCCAGUGGUUCUUUCGAGCCAUUCAACUGUACCUACGCCGCAAUCUGUCCCGCGAAGAGCGUGCGGCAGCUCAAUGUCCUGCCACUUUACCUGACAGUCAUCAUCGAUCUCACCUUCGUAUUCGUGGUGAUCAUUAUCUUCUGUGUUCAAAGACGGCGAAGAAACCGCUCAGCGAAGUCCACGACUCCGGUUCCAGAGGAGAGGUCUCAGACGAUACUGUUGCAAACGCCAGGAUCACCUGGCACCGCCACGCCGGGCAGAACACAAUCUCCAUCCAUAUCGAGCGCAGGAUCCAGCGACUCAUCAAGACCUCCAUCCACGAACCCAUCCACAAACCCGCGAAGAGCCAACGCCAGAGUCGAUCACUACGACGGAUACGCAGAUGACGAUAACGUCUCAACUCUGUACGAUGAGGACGUGGAAAACGAGUUGCAGAACAGUCCUAAUAUGCAGCGUUUCAUUCGUUCGAUGAGCAAGGCUGUCGAGACAUCUUGCAUCGGCUUGAGCUUCGAUUUCGAGAACCUUUCUUUUUGCGCAAAGGGCGGCAAAAAGAUUCUCACAGACAUCACGGGUACAAUGCCAAGAGGUAGCUGCUGGGGCAUCAUGGGUGGCUCAGGAGCUGGCAAAAGCACCUUCGUGAACGUUCUCAUGGGAAAGACACAUGCCACCAAUGGCACGAUCAAGAUCAAUGGCCAUCGCCAGGACAUGAGCAAGUACAAGAAGCUCAUCGGCUACGUUCCUCAAGACGACAUUGUGUUUCCUGAGUUGACCGUCAGGGAGAACAUCCUCCACUCGGCCCAUGCGCGACUACCACAGAAGUGGAGGGACAGAGAGAUCCAGGAACAUGUCGAUUCACUCAUCGCGUCUCUCCAGCUCACACAUGUCCAGCACUCUCGCGUCGGCGAUGCAACUCGACCAGUGAUAUCUGGAGGCCAGCGAAAACGAGUCAACAUUGGCAUGGAGUUGGCAGCAGCGCCGAUGGCCAUCUUUUUGGACGAGCCCACCAGUGGACUAGAUGCAACGAGUGCAGCCAGCAUCAUGAAGUUGCUACGAGCCAUCAGCAGAUUGGGCGUAACGACUAUCGCCAUCGUUCAUCAACCCAGAGAGCGCAUCUUCCAAGGAUUCGAUCAAGUCUUGCUCCUCGCGGAAGGCCGUUCAGUGUACAGUGGCCCAACCGAAGCCGUGCAAACGUACUUUGAAGGGCUAGGAUACGCAUUUCCCCAAAAGGCCAACCCUGCCGAUGCUCUCAUCGACAUCAUCACUGGAGACGGUGCAGAGUAUUGCAUGUCUGCGACGAAGUGUGAGCAAGGAGAGGUGGGUUUUCUGAUUGAGGCUUGGAAGGCAGGCUCGCAGUACAUGAAGACGCAGAACAAGCACCUCUCGUUGGCCAGUACACAGUCCGAGAAGAGUCGUCGCAUCAGCAAUCAGAGCUUGAACUCCACAGCAGAGCAAGAAGAGGCUCUACGACGCACGAUGAAGCUGAGGGGAGCUAGUUGGCUCGCACAAGUAUACUACUGCUGGAAACGCGCCGCAACACAACAGCUCCGCAAUCAGGUAUCGUUCCUCUUCGAGAUUGGCGUCGGUGGCCUUGCUGGUAUGAUCAUCGGCCUCUCCGCGUUUGCUUCGAAUGGCCAUCUCUUCCAGGGCCUGUACCAUCAACCGUUCACUCUCCUCAGUAGCGCCAUCGAUUACAACAGCACGCCACAGAUCGGUCUUCUGGGUGCCAUGGCCAUUGGACUUGCGGCAUCUGCACCAGGCUUCUGGGUCUUUGGCGAGGAGAAACUGAUGUACUGGCGAGAGACGGCUUCCGGCCACUCGCGCUCCGCAUACUACGUUGGCAAGCUCCUGUCGACUUUCCUGCGAAUCGCACUCAGCAGCUGGCACUUCACUGUGUUUCUGGGCGUACUGGCGACGCCUUUGAUCAGCUUCCAGGAGAUGUACGCCGCCAAUUUGAUGUACUUCUGGUGCAUCUACGGACUCGCGAGUAUUGUCAGCAUGCUGGUCAAGCGGGAAGAUGGACCUCUGCUGGCUGUACUGGCCUCCCUUAUCAUUGGAGUGCUGGGAGGUGUUGCACCGCCGUUGGCUAAAGUCAAGAGUUGGCAUAUGGAAUGGUUCUGGCGAUUGUCGCCUGGCGUCUGGUUCACCGAAGCGUACUUCAGCCAAAAUGUGCUUCCGAUGAAGUACCUGUACAUAACGGAUCUGGCUGCUAAGUCCACCGGAUACACACUUGGACAGUACGGGAUGGAUAUUGCAAUGCUCUUCAGCAUUGGUGUCGUCUAUCGCCUCAUUGCAUAUCUGGGGCUCAUCUUGAUGAAUCGCGACAAGCAGCGGUGA